AUGUCGAAAAAGUCAUCAAAACUCGAUCUCCUCGUCCGCGUCCGCUUUGAGAACCCCAUUCCCGAGCCACCCUUCCCGCCCAAGCUCCUCAAUGUCUCCACCAACAUUGCGCGUCUCGGCGAGCCGAGCUACCUUACCCAGCUCGCUAGCAGUGCUCCUCUCCCCAUGCUCCUCGACUCGGAGAUGGGCAUGCCCAUCGACCUGAACGAGUACGACGGCGUGUGGGACGGCAACGAUGCGGCCCUCAACCCCGUGGCCGACUCGGCAUACAUUGAGCCAGCAGACCAGGAGCUCCUCGGUCCUCUGAGGAUCUUUGGUGCCGUCAAUGGCGCCAAUGCGGCCAACGCAAAGCCUACCGAGGUCUCGUGGAUGCGCAACACGUCGUACAUGCAGAAGAAGGACCAAGGUGUGCGCAGGCGGCAAGCCGCCGAGUCGCGCGCCGAGGUGGUGGAUGCGUCCGAGACGGCGCAGAUUAUCGCCAUUGAGAAGACGUUUACGGACGUGCGUGCGCAGGACGCCACGGAGAUGAAGCACCCCGACGCCAAGCGCAAGCACCUCAAGGUGGUGGAGACGUACGACAUUUUGCCCGACGACGACGCGUGGGCCAACUCGUACAUUAUGAUCAAGUUCCCCGAGCGACCAAGUGCAGCGACGGCAGUGAACCCUGGUGCGACCGCAUCCAAGGACCGGUUGGAGCGCGCGGUCCUCCGUCCAGUCAUGGAGGACGACCAGCAGGUCAUGGAGUACUUCCUCCCCAAGGAGGACGACCUGUCGCGUCUCGGAGAGCUCGAGGGCCGCCCUCUGGACGGAGAGGCUAUCGAGAGGCUCCGUGUGUUCACGGAGGGAGAGCAGGGCGAGGACGAGAAGAUCGAUGACAUCUUCCCCAACGUUACCUACGAGCGGAUACGCACGUACGAGGUGGUCAUGCAGGCGCAGCCCCGGAAGGAGUUGCUCCUCACCUUCCACGAGGAAGAGGACGAGGACGAGGACAUGUUCGGCGGCGACGACGACGACGAGGCACCUGCUCGCAAGAAGCGCAAGGGCGUGUACUUCAAGGACAUUACCAUGCGCACCCAGCUUCGCAAGACGCGCGCAAAGGGCCGUGGCGAGGUCGAGGCCCGUGCCGACCUCUGGGACAAGGUGCGCGUGGCCUUCCGUGAGCCGUACGCAGAGGAGAUGGAUGAGCGUGCGGAGCGUGCGCGUGGCGUGACUGAGCCAGCAUGGACCAGGGAGCAGCUUGACACGCUUCGGGGAGAGACCACGCAGGGCGCGCACGACGAGGAUGACUAG